AUGGAUACAGAAAAUUCAAAUGUAUCAUCCAACAAUGUCGAAACUCGUGAAGAGAGUGUAAAAGAAAGGGACGAUUCUUUAUCCUUGUUUAGCCACUUGGGAGCCUUUAAAAACACCAUUGAAAGUCUGUUAUCUUUUGAGUCUGUUACCAAUGACAAAUUGUUUGGAAUGUUAAAUGAUACAGAACAAUUAAAUUAUAAGCUUAUAUCACAUUACAAGUGCGAUAAGAUAAUAAGUGAUACUUUGAACAAAAACAAUACCACAAAAUAUGAUAUGGGUAUAAACGGAUGCAAAAUGUACUAUUCUGGUGAUGCUAGCAUUGCAUGUUGUUUUUGUAAUGAAGAAAGACAGUUAGCUGAUUUCCUUGCAAACAGUGCCAAUUUUUCUAAACUUGUGAAGUACAAAAAAACUAUUAUUGAGAAUUCCUUGUCAGUCAAAGAGCCAGUAUAUAAAAAUAUUUUCAAUGGAAGCAUUUUUUGUGGAGUUAGAGGAAUGAAAGAGCUCAGCCUUGCCCUGAAUAUUGACGGGUUUAACUCAUUCAAAAGAGGUGAAAUAUCUAUGACAAUCAUUAUAGCCACAAUCCUAGACCUUCCACCAACAGAAAGGUAUAAGCAAGAAAACAUCUUCAUUAUUUCAAUUAUCCCUGGACCAAAAAAACCAAAAAGUUUAUUCAGUUAUCUAUACCUAGUCACUGAAAAAACCGCCCUGAUUAACAAUGUGGCCAGAAAUAGUGAUUUUUUUCAACUCAGUGUGUUUUUUGAAGUUCAGGUCAAAGAUGUAGUUUUAGUUGGUUUCAUUGGCUAA